CGUUGUCUUAUUCACUUCUUUCGUCAGUAUAUGAGGGGAGCAUAGGCUCGACGAGGGGCUUCGCCUCUCCUUCUGAUGGCCCGCCGGAUGUGCGUCAAGGUAGUUAGGGAUGUUGGCCUGGCCCGUUAUGAAGUUAUCCGCCCUAUCCUUCAGAAGAUUGAGAAUCCCCAGCAGCUAGUAAGUGCAGCCCUUGUGUUCGUCUUUAACUAACCCCUUGCCAAAUCUCACUUUAUUAACUUAUAUCUUCCUCAUUACUUUAUUUGGUUAGCAUGAACUUGAGCAAAGAUCUCCGCAUCUUCUAGAGCACGAUGCUGAACUCUGGAUUGAAUUUAUCAAGCGUGACAUAUACUUCUGGGAGACCCUGGAUCUAACUGAACCCCCUGAGAGUUGGUAUCAGUUUUAUACAUCUCUUAGGGAGCAAGCCGCCAAGAAAGUUGACGAGGAUGCAGAGCGCAUGAGACGUGCGUUACAAGGCCUCGACAAAGAGAAGCUAAAGCACACUCCCAAACUGGUUGAUGUAAAGCAAAUGAGGCUCCCCCGAGAAAAGCCCACUACUGUUCAGCGGCAUGCUCACCAUGACCGCAUGAUGGGCGGUAUUUCCCCUAUUUUCGCAUUAGGCACGAAAAGCAGUGAUCCCAAUAACAGUAAGCCGUGGGAGGAUCGACCGCAGUGGAGACUUGUCCCGCCCAAGCUGUCUUCUAGAUCCAUCUUUGGUGCUUCUUCUGGGGCCAGGAAGUCUGCAUUACCAGCGGUCGUCAAGCGGAAUAACAGGCUAUCUACCCCUACCCACAAGCUCAAUACUAUGGCCUCCCGUAUUAUCAAAGCUCCCAAGUCUUUUAUUGAGGAUCACCAAAAAAAUUCGGGCCCCAUCAACCGGACUAUCCGCCCUACUGUUCGCAGCAAUGCCACCACAGUGCCAUUUCUGAAGCCUGCUGCGACCCCGCAGAAGCCAUCCACCGGUCACGACUCAACUCCAGACCAUACACCUACCGCUACGUCUAUACAUAUGUCUGAAAAGCUCCAAACUUCACGUUCCGUUAGAAGCUCUGACUCUAAAUUCAAGCCUACACCGACUAUUACCCGAACGAGCUCAGAUGUCACUCAUGGCCCAACUGGACCCAAUGUGAACCGUGGGCAUCCUACAAUGCCCCCGCAUGAUGCCUCGUCUAGCAGACCAGAAUUAGGAAAUAAGAGGCAGGGCAAUCACACCUCGUCUAGGUCCACAUUAAGCAAUAAGCAGAAAAGACUGAAAGUUUCGUGAACACAACGAGAAGCCCACUAUCAUAACGCAAGAUGAAGAUUUUACUUUACUAAUAUUUCAAAUUAUUUAACACUCCCUUCUCUUGGCAUCAUUCUUCAGCUCUCUGCGAUCUUUUCCAAUUCGAAUGUGAUGAGAUAUUCAUCAAAUUUUUAUUACACCUUUUUCCUAGCACUUUACCUACCCCGCCGGAAUACCCGAUAAUCCCUUGGAAUCGACACACCAUGCGUGAUAUGAGCUGGCUAUAUCUCAUAAAUCGCAACCUAGCUGGCUCUGAUUGCAACUCUGGUUUUGCCUUUUUGCGCUACCGUUUGGCCGAAUCAUCAGGAAAUGGACCUGUACCGUUAUUCUCACUCCUUCUUUUCACUGCGGGAAUACUAUUCCCGCGCGUUUAUUUAUCUACUUUGGCUUUAUUUGGGUUUCGAGGAUGUGACCAUCCGGAUAACAAUUUGUGAAAUAAGGGGAUAAGGUGUAUGGAGAGGCUAUAGAAAUAUACCGGCAGGCUUGAGAUGAGUAAUCUAAAUACUACGGUGGGCGCUCAUUGGGUUGACUCGUUAAGUUAUGUAUUUCUGUUGUUUCUGUUGUCCCUUCUAUGCUCUUCGUAAAUAUGUUACAUGUUUGCCUUAUCCUCUUCACGUUAGUUCCCUUCCAGUUGAUCUGCCUUCAGUAGGCGAUUCUGGUUCUUCAUCAAUAGCAAAUCGUACAUUGGUGCUCGUUGCACCACGCUUAAACGCACUCCUCCUCGUUGAAUAUAUAGGCUGUAGCCUGGGCUCGCUUGCGGCCCACAGCUUGCUAGGAAAUGAUGUUGGUAAUGGUGUUGCUGGAGUUGUAGACAUCUGAACCAAAGCCCUUGCUCUGGCGGCCCGCUUCGAGGGACUGUUCAGAUAACCUGGUGUUGACAUAGGGGUGUGAGAUGUAAAAUCCGGCUGUCGUAUCGGUGGCUCUUCUCGUUCGCUGGGAUGAUCUAUCCCUUGCCAUCCACGUGGGUCGUUAACCUGAAUACUAUGGCCGUUUUUGGAUGGAGUUUCUAUUGGAAAAGAGUCAAAGUCCCUUGAAAUUCUAGCUUUCUCGCGCCAGUGAUGAAUCAUAUUCCGGUAGUGCUUUCGAGUAUUGCGACCAUACAGCGCAUCUGCAGUUUCUAGUCGUGUUUUAAUUUCGAAUAUCCGAAGGCUUAACUUCCGAAUUUGAGCAAGGGCGAUACCAGAGACAUGGAUCUCUAGAAACCGUGUCGCUUUCUCAUCAAGCAUUUGGUAUGAACGUUGCAUCCCUGCCCAAUGUGUUAGGUUAUUGUAGACCAAUUGUCGGUUAUAGUAUAGCUGUGCGUCCGCAAGAUGUUGCGCUCGUUGUGUGGCCUUUUCCGACCAGAGGUGGAACAUGUUAGUUCCGACUGCAAUGAGCUUUUCCCCAUACAUUUCCGUUGAUCGCUGAUGUAUUUCACGAACAGUAGCGCAGCGAGACCGCCAGGCGGAGAUAACAGCAGAGGCUAGAUUCAUUUUCACUUUGCGCCGAAUGGCUGCAUAUGCUUCCAACCGUCGUCUCUUGGACGAUUCUGCUGUUGCACUCCGCCACUGCUUCAGCGUUUUCGUAGUCAAGAAAAAAUACUCCGAUUUCUUUGCCCAGGUAUCGAGAGUUGCCAAAUGCUCGCUGCGUGCUUUCCAGCUUUGAAGCACCUCUUGCUGGACGGGAGGAGCAUAAAACGCUCGGCUUACCAGUUCACGUUGCUUUUGAAUAUCGAGACGUUGUUUCCAGUAGCUAAAGGUGGCUUGCGCCAAUUUUCGUUUUCUAUCAGUUCGAAAUCUGGCUUCUUUGACAAGGAGCUCGUUGUACAGGCUCCGAGAAUUUUCCAUCAUCGUCUUGAGGUAGCUGGCCUUUAGGCGUUGUUGGUGAAUUCGGUCCAGUAGGCGCAGCCUUCCUAUAAGGAUCCAUUUAUAUAAUGACUGUAAGACAAUUCGCUCCUCUGUUCGUGAAGACAAGGCCUGGCAGCGAAGAUGGUCAUUCCAGGUUGUCCAACAGUUACGCAUAACACGAAGUCUGUCAGCGUCCCGCGCUCUUCUCUCCAUGCGUGUCUGUUGAGACCAGUCUUCCAGGCAUGAGCGCACUAACUUAGUGUUUAGUAGACUAGUCACCUCUGCAAAAGGCCGCCUGUACUUUUGCUUGACUGACCAUUCAGUUAGAUAGUGUGAUAUGAUGUGGUAUUUCCAAUGGUUAUUCGCGCUCUUCUCAGCAGAGGAAACUUCACGAUAUUUCUGAACAAGAGUUUGGAAUGUAAGUUUCAGAGAAUUAAGAGAACGAUUGGAGUCGAUUGCUAGAUCACGUUCCCUUUGAGUUCGGAGGGCACGCAACCAAGCAAUAAAAGACCGUUGCUUUAAGCGCUCCUUAUUCCAUCGCGGUGCUAGCCUGUCACAGAAGGACCAAAACCAGUGUGAAUACCCGUAUCUCUUAAGGCUUCUCUGGCGAAAUUCCUCUGCCUGGGAAUCUAGGGGGGCAAUUUGUUGGUGGCGGGCAUUCCAGAGUUUUAAUGGUUUUUUCAGCAUAAAACGCUGGGCUUUGAGU